CCACCCACCCACGCGCACCACUCCCUCCGCCGCCCUCCCCCCUUCGCCGCCGCCGCCCGCCCGAUCCGGCCGCGGAGGACGCGCGGAUCGCCCCGCCAUGGACCAGGUGAGCGUCCUCCCGCCCCCCCUCUCCGAUCGCCCUACCGCCGCCUCCUCCCUCCUCAAUCCGCCCCGGAGCGGCGAUGGUGCGGGGCUGAGCAGUGUAUAAUGCGCCGGAAUGGUGUGGCGUGGGCGCAGUACGAGAAGGUGGAGAAGAUCGGGGAGGGCACGUACGGGGUGGUGUACAAGGGCAAGGACCUCCACACCAACGAGACGAUCGCGCUCAAGAAGAUCCGCCUCGAGCAGGAGGAUGAGGGCGUCCCCUCCACCGCCAUCCGCGAGAUCUCCCUCCUCAAGGAGAUGCACCACCGCAACAUCGUCAGGCUGCAGGACGUCGUGCACAACGACAAGUGCAUAUACCUCGUCUUCGAGUACCUCGACCUCGACCUCAAGAAGCACAUGGACUCCUCCUCGGACUUCAAGAACCACCGCAUAGUCAAGUCCUUCCUCUACCAGAUUCUGCGGGGCAUCGCGUACUGCCACUCGCACCGCGUGCUCCACCGCGACUUGAAGCCACAGAACCUGCUGAUAGAUCGCCGUAACAACCUGUUGAAGCUCGCUGACUUUGGAUUGGCAAGGGCGUUCGGCAUUCCUGUUCGGACUUUUACUCAUGAGGUGGUGACACUUUGGUAUAGAGCACCUGAAAUUCUUCUUGGUGCGAGGCAUUAUUCUACCCCAGUUGAUGUGUGGUCAGUUGGUUGCAUUUUUGCUGAAAUGGUGAACCAGAAGCCUCUUUUUCCUGGGGAUUCUGAGAUUGAUGAGCUGUUUAAGAUUUUCAGAAUUUUGGGCACUCCAAAUGAAGAAACUUGGCCUGGAGUUGCUUCAUUACCGGAUUAUAAGUCAACUUUCCCAAAGUGGCCAUCUGUGGAUCUUGCAACAGUUGUCCCAACACUUGAACCUGCGGGAAUUGAUCUUCUGUCCAAAAUGCUACGUCUAGACCCGAGCAAGAGGAUCAACGCCCGGGCAGCACUUGAGCACGAGUACUUCAAGGACCUCGAAAUAGCGUAGUAGAUCAGUCAUGCCAGCUCCCCCCCCCCCCCCCCCUCCCCCUCUCUGUACAUUAAGAUUGCAUUGCUUGGCCCGGCCGAGUCCCUCCUUUUUGGCUGCUGCGUUAAUCUAAGAUGGUGUCUGCUCCUAUUGACUUGUGGUUGUGUAGAGAAAUGAGAACAGAAUGUUAUCUAUCCCGGUAUGCUUCAUUGCAAGUCUUGAACAAAAUUGAGAGAUCCUUGUGAGAGCCCCAUAUCGCAA